CAAUGACGUCCGACCAAUGAGUGAUCAGUAUUAUUAUCUCUUCUGUCCGUAGUGAACACUGUCUGGCGCUUUACUCCAAUGUCCACAGUUUUUGGUUGUCCCUGUAAAUAUUACAUCUUGUGGAUCUUUCUUUCCUACUGUGCGGCCAACUCACUUCUAACAAAGGAUAAUGAGGCGCAGAAAACUGUUUCACAGAACGAUGAAAAAGUCACCUCUGGAGUCCCUGAACAUGAUUCCCCCAUGGCAGAUAGUGAGUCAGCCGACUCAGUAGAGCCAAAGGCAGAAGUCAAGCGCUCGGAUUCAGAUGAGCCUGAAGAACCAACAGCACCGGCAAAGUCCGAGGCACAACGCUUGUAUGAGGAGGGUAUGAAAAUACUCGACGAAGGAGAUACCCAAGCAAACGUUAGAAAGAUCGCAUUCCAGUUUUUGCACGAGGCGGCCGAGCGAGGGCAUACUCAAGCUCGUGAAUGGGUCGCUCUGGGAACUCUACUUGGAUGGGGGUUCUUUCAAUCCCUGCCUCGCGCCCACGCCGAUUUUACUCAGCUCGCGCAGGAAGGAAAUCCGCGAGGACAAUUUGGUUUAGGUUUGAUGUACGCCUCUGGCUUGCUGGUCAAUGCUAGUAUUCCUCAUGCGCUAAUCUACCUGACGUUUGGUGCUCUCGGGGGCGAUGAUCUAGCCGAAAUGGCACUGGCUUACCGCUAUUGGACUGGAACUGGCUUGGAAGAGAGCUGCGAGUCCGCACUAACCUACUACUACCGUGUGGCGAAAAAAGUUUCCGCACAGGUUUCCCAGCGUGCUGAGACCAGCGGUUCCACUCUGUUUGGUCCAAUUGUUCGACGUGCCCGACUGUUAGAUGAAGCCGACGCGAACACCGGACUGCUCAAUAUGUUGUUUGGAUUCGGAGCUGGAAAUGGUGAUCAAGCUCUUGGAGGGUUGGCAAUCAAUGAAGAUUUGUUUCAGUACUAUCAAUUUCUGGCCGAUAAGAAGAAUCUAAGCGCACAGGUUGGCUUGGGUCAAUUUUACUAUUACGGACGGCAUGGUGUAGAGAAGAACUUGGAAAAAGCCUUCUACUACUUCAAGCUAGCUUCUGAGGCUGGAAGUUCCCUAGCCAAGGCUUACCUUGGUGAGAUGUACAUGAGUGGGACGGAUACAUUGCCGGCUGACCCGGAGAAGGGACUGAAGUACCUUCGACAGUCAGCCGAAGAUGACAAUCCGAUUGGUCAGACCGGUUUAGCAAUGGCUUACUUGCAUGGGAAAGCUGGUCUAUCUCCAAACCCUUUAAAAGCCAUGGAAUUACUAUUUAAGGCAGCAGAUCAAGGUUGGGCGGACGCCCAAUUGACUCUGGGACGCAUGUUCAUGGGUACACUCGGUGCCAAGGCUGAUUACAAAUUAGCCGUCAAAUAUUUCACGAUGGCUUCACAACAGGGAAAUGUACUGGCCUUCUUUUACCUCGGUGAAAUGCAUGCCACGGGUCUGGGAGUGUUGCGGUCAUGCACAACCGCUGCUGAGCUUUUUAAAAACGUGGCUGAACGUGGUCGCUGGUCCAAAUGGUUUAUGUAUGCACAUUCUGCCUAUCGGGCGCGACGGUACGAUGAGGCUUUCGUUACCUACCAGCUUUUGGCAGAGCUCGGCUAUGAGGUGGCACAGAGCAACGUGGCUUUCAUGUUGGAAGAAGGAAAAAUCACUGUGGUUGAUAAGGAAGAGUUCCAAUCACGGGCGAUUGUUCAGUGGCGACGUUCAGCUUUGCAAGGUGUGGCCAGUUCGCGUGUCAAACUGGGUGACUAUUACUACUACGGAUGGGGUACUGAGGUGGAUUAUAUGAAGGCUGUCCAGCACUAUCGGAUCGCUUCAGAGCUGCAUCAAAAUUCUCAGGCCAUGUUCAACUUAGCCUAUAUGCAUGAACAAGGACUGGGUUUGAAACGGGAUAUUCAUCUGGCAAAACGUUAUUAUGAUUUGGCGACGGAGGCCUCGUUGGACGCUAAAGUUCCGGUCGCAUUGGCCUUGCUGAAGUUAUCAGUCUCAUUUUGGUCCGAGUAUUUGCGUGCAUCAACUUUGGGCAAGUAUUUUGGACGCAUAUUUGGUAUGGCCGUCGAAUCGAGCGGACCCUCUCAACAGCAGCAGCAGCCAGUUAUUGGUACCACACCAGGCGCACUCACAACAAUGGAUUGGGAUUAUUACGCCAUACCAAUCCUUGCAGGAGCGUUGCUUGCCCUAAUUGUCUAUUUGUGGCACGAACGCAGACGGUGAAUCUCCAUUAUUUGUGCGCAAUACUGUCCAGGUCAAACUGUAGGUGUGGAUGAUUCUCCGUUGUGUUCCCCCCUCCCAGUCUUCAUUGGGUCCUGGUGACUGUGAUCUGCGUCUCAACUUUGUACCAAACCUCUUUUGUACAACAAUUCUGCGUUUGUGGGAUGCUGCGUCAUCCCAUCUCGUUGCACAUGAGUUAUUUUUUCUCGCGCUGUUUUUUGUGUGUGCGGUGAAAAUCGGACGCAAUGCAAAACAGGUA